AUGUCAUAAACACUGAUAGUAUAUAGUGAUCAGCGUAUCAGCCAAAUGGACAACCUCCAAUUUCAAGCACAAACAAGGCAAUUGAAGGUAGCAACACCAAAUAUCCCUCUCCACAUCGUCUCAGAACAGAUGAAAUACCUAUGAUUGCCAAUGACUUCAGAAUGGCAGCCAAAAAUGCUAUAGAAGCUGGCUUUGAUGGUGUGGAGAUACAUGGAGCCAAUGGAUACUUACUCGACCAGUUCCUAAAAGACCAUGUGAACGACAGAGACGAUGAAUUUGGAGGUAGUUUAGAAAAUCGUUGUCGAUUUCCACUGAUGGUCGUGGAGGCAAUAAUUAACGAGGUUGGAUCAGACAGAGUUGGUGUUAGACUCUCUCCUUUUGCUAACUACUGUGAUUGCAAAGACUCUGAUCCUCAAGCACUUGGCAUUUACAUGGCUCAAUCCUUAAGAAAAUUGGACAUUCUUUACUGUCAUGUCAUUGAACCCAGGAUGGUUACAAUGUUUGAGAAGUGUGAGACCAAUGUGUCAUUGUCCGAUAUUAGAAAGGCUUUUGGUGGAACCUUUAUUGUGGCUGGCGGUUACAAUAGGAGUGGUGGAAACAAAGUGGUUUCCGACGGUGGUGCCGAUUUGGUGGCUUAUGGACGCUUGUUUUUGGCUAAUCCAGAUCUGCCCAAGAGAUUUGAGCUUGAUGCUGAAUUGAACAAGCCUGAUAGAAGCACUUUUUACACCAGUGAUCCUGUUGUUGGAUAUACAGAUUAUCCUUUUCUUCAACAUGAUCACUGAAACAGCCUAUGAAAUUUUAGUUAUAUGUGUCUAUUCAAUAAAGAGCUGCUGUGUUA